UCUUUCUUUAAUACCGUCUUUUUCAUUAAUAAAUAAUCGCCUUCAAGGAUAUUUUGAAAAUACACCAUAAAAAGAUAAAUUAAAGAAAGACCAUAUACAGUUAAAAAAAAAACGUUUUAUUGAAUUUGUUGAGAGAGUUUUUAAAUUUACCCUUGUUACAACUGUUAAAAUGACAAGUGCUAUUCCCUUUCCAUUACGCGAUCCUCAACUCAAAGACGAAGGAAAACCCAAACAAUUCCAACCUAAUCUCAAUGUCAAGUUAAUUUGUCCCGAUUGUAAAAAUGAUCCACCACAGAUUGUCGAAGAAUUCGCCUCGGGUGAUCUUGUGUGUGGUGAUUGUGGUUUGAUCCUCGGUGAUCGUAUUAUUGACACUCGAUCUGAAUGGAGAACUUUCGCAAACGACGAAGGCGACGAUCCAUCUCGUGUCGGUGCAGCAGCUAAUCCAUUGUUAGAUGGUAACCAGCUAGAUACAGUUAUCUCUAGAAGAGAUGGCGGUUCUGGAACAGCCAAGGAUCUCAACAAAGUGCACGGCAGAGCAACUGCAAUUAAGGGUGAACGUAAUCUUGUACAAGCUUAUAAAGAAAUCAGUGCCAUGUGUGAUAGUAUUUCACUAUCCAAGAUCGUAAGCGAUACAGCCAAACAACUUUAUAAGCGUGUGGAGGAUGAAAAACUUUUACGAGGUAAAUCCAGUGAUGCCAUUAUUGCAGCCUGUAUCUUUAUUGCCUGUCGUCAAGAAAAAGUCGGCCGUACCUUUCGAGAGAUUUGUGCAUUAACCCGUGUUCCUAAAAAAGAAAUCGGUCGUUGUUACAAAUCACUGCAAUCGAAAUUACAAACCAACACAACCAUUAUGAACUCAGAGGAUUUGAUGCUUCGUUUCUGUUCGAAUCUUCAAUUACCAAACUAUGUACAAAAAGCCGGUAUCGAUUUGGUUAAACGUGCAAAAGAGGUCGGAACACUUGCAGGCAAGUCACCUAUUUCAGUCGCUGCAGCUUGUAUCUACCUCGUUUCUUAUCUUUAUCGCCAACCAAAAUCAACAAAAGAUAUUGCUCAUGUUGCAGGUGUUUCCGAAGUGACAAUCAAGAGUGCCUACAAAACUCUGUAUGCUGAACGUGAUAGUUUGGUCGAUUUGGAAUCAUUGAGACAAAAAACAAACGGCGAAGGUUUAAGCUUUGAAGAUCUCGCUUUACCUUAAAUAACCAAAAAGAAGAAGAAAAAAUGAAAAGAAAAAAAAAGAAACCCCCCCCCCCUUUAUUGUGCAUAUAUAUUAUCUUUUCAAACUCUCAACAAACUUUAGAAACGGUAUGAAAAAAAAAAUUAGUAAUCCCCUUCCCCCUUAUAGCAGUCAUCAAGUUUCUAUUAUUGUAUAUAAAACACAUUGCAAAAAAAUAUCUUGACAAUAAUAAUAAUAAAAAAAUAUAUAUGCUUGUUAAUGAAAAA